AUGGUUGCUCACCCAGUAGGCUUUUGGGUAGACUCAAUGGAUUUCACUUUGGAUUACUCCAACUAUGGCAGUUACACAGUGGAUAACCUGACAUAUGAGGAGGUGUCUUUUAGAGUACUCCCAACAUGUUCUGGAGAAGUUCUGUGUAUUGCAUUGGUGGUCAUUAAUGCAGUCAUCUUCCUGCUGGGAAUCAUAGGGAAUGGCGUGGUGAUCUGCAUAACUGGCUUGAAGAUUAAGAAGUCAGUCAACACAACAUGGUACCUCAGCUUGGCCGUGUCUGACUUCCUGUUCUGCUUCUUCCUUCUCUUCAACAUCUUCUACAUGGCAACGUCUGACUGGACCUUUGAAAUCUUCAUAUGCAAGUUCAUGUCCUUCAUCAUGUUGCUCAACAUGUUCAGCAGCAUCUUCCUCCUCGUCAUUAUUAGCGCGGUCCACUGUGGGGCAGUGAUGGUCCCCGUGUGGGCACAGAACCAGCGCACCAUAAGCAGGACCUUGGUGAUGGUUAGUCUGGCAUGGGUCGUCUCUGCUGCCCUGAGCGUUCCAUCCAUCAUUUUUCGCAAUGUUCGGCAACAUCUGGGCAUAAGCCGGUGCCUGAACAACUACAGCAUUAGUCAGUACAGUCAUGAAACCAUCGCUAUAAGCCGGUUCCUUGUUGGAUUCCUCAUCCCGUUCCUGAUCAUCAUCACCUGCUAUUCCAUCAUCAUCUUCAAACUGAUUGUGACAUUUUUCCUGUGCUGGCUUCCAUACCACUCGUUAGUGCUGACUGAGCUGAACCAAAGCAUCCAUGCUGAGUUCAUCCCCAUCGCACUCAGAGCUGGCACCUUAAUCACAUCAACAAAUAUCUUUCUCAACCCGAUACUCUACAUGUUCAUGGGCAACGAUUUCAGGAGAAAGUUCAAGAACUUGCUGGUUUCAAAGAUGAAUAAAGCAAUGGGACAGGAGGGACGCAUGCUGAGCCGCUACCCGUCACGCUCUAACUCUAUGGAUGCUGGAACUUCCACUCACAUCUGA